GGCGCCGGGAGCCGAGAGGCGGCGGCGCACCGAGGCCGGGCGCUGGCGGGAGCCGCGCCGCGGGGCUGGAAACUUUCCCGGCAGGUCUCUUUCUAGGUUUCUGUGGUCAGCUUGUCCAGAGGAGCUUUCUGGGUUCCCUCCCGAGUGAGACCGCCUCUCUGUUUUGCAAGCACGUGGAGUCUGGGGUGAGACAAGAAGCAAAAGAGUGUUGAAAAUGUUAAAAGCUGUGCUGAAGAAGAGCCGAGAGGGAGGAAAGGGGAGCAGGAAGGAAACAGGAGGUGACUUUGGUCCAGAGACUUCCCCUCAAGUCCUACCCUCUGGCCAUGGUGGCGACUUUUCUGUGAGUAGCCUUCCUGUAGCAGAGGACACCUACAGGGUGAGCUUGGCCAAAGGGGUCUCCAUGUCUUUGCCUUCAUCACCUCUGCUGCCUCGACAGUCUCAUUCAGUGCAAUCAAGAUCAAAUAAAAAAUCUCCAGGUCCCGUCAGGAAGCCCAAGUAUGUGGAAAGCCCCAGAGUGCCUGGAGACGGAGUUAUAAUCCCGUUCAGAGAAGUGUCCAAGGCAGCAGAGCCCAAUGAGAAUGCAAAGGCCGAUAAUGAACCGAGCUGUUCUCCGGCAGCUCAAGAACUGUUGACAAGGCUGGGAUUUUUACUGGGAGAAGGGAUCCCAAGUGCCACACACAUAACCAUUGAAGAAAACAAUGAGACCAUGUGCACAGCUCUGAGCCAAGGCAUCAGUCCUUGCUCCACACUAACAAGCAGCACCGCAUCUCCUAGCACCGAUAGCCCCUGCUCAACCUUGAAUAGCUGUGUCAGCAAGACGGCAGCCAACAAAAGUCCCUGUGAGACCAUUAGCAGCCCUAGUUCCACCCUGGAAAGCAAGGACAGUGGAAUUAUAGCCACAAUUACAAGUUCAUCCGAAAAUGAUGACCGGAGUGGCUCCAGUUUGGAAUGGAAUAAGGACGGAAGCCUAAGGUUAGGGGUACAGAAAGGAGUGCUUCAUGAUCGCAGGGCAGAUAAUUGCUCCCCAGUGGCAGAAGAGGAGCCCCCUGGGUCAGCGGAGAGCGUGCUGCCCAAAACUGAAGCCUCAGUUGGAGAUGGUCCGGUCCCUUAUUCUCAGAGCUCCAACUCGCUAGUAAUGCCACGGCCCAACUCAGUUGCAGCGACAAGCUCAACCAAAUUGGAAGAUCUGAGUUAUUUAGACGGGCAGAGAAAUGCCCCUCUUCGAACAUCAAUUAGAUUGCCGUGGCACAAUACAGCCGGAGCACGAUUUGCUCCCUACAAGCCACAGGACAUUUUGUUGAAACCCCUGCUGUUUGAAGUACCAAGCAUAACAACAGACUCUGUGUUUGUGGGAAGGGAUUGGCUCUUUCACCAGAUAGAAGAAAACUUGAGGAACAGAGAACUGACCGAAAACAGAGGAGCCGUGGUUGUUGGGAACGUGGGCUUUGGGAAGACAGCAAUCAUUUCUAAAUUGGUGGCACUUAGCUGCCACGGAAGCCGCAUGAGGCAGAUUGCUUCCAGCAGCCCCAGUUCACCACCUAAAACUUCAGAUUCCUCCCAGGAUCUUCCUUUCACCCCAUUACUUUCACCGAGUUCUUCUGCAGGUGUUACCAACACGGCCAAAACACCCCCUGGAUCUGGGUCUGAUAGUCCUGAGAACCAGAGGCCAAGAGAGGAUGCAGUGAAAUACCUUGCUUCUAAGGUCGUGGCCUACCACUACUGCCAAGCCGAUAACACAUACACGUGCCUGGUGCCCGAGUUUGUGCACAGCAUUGCAGCUCUGCUCUGCCGGUCCCACCAGCUGGCUGCCUACAGGGACCUACUGAUAAAGGAACCCCAGCUACAGAGCAUGCUGAGCCUCAGGUCCUGUGUGCAGGACCCGGUGGCUGCCUUCAGGAGGGGCGUGCUGGAACCACUCACCAGCCUAAGAAAUGAGCAGAAAAUUCCUGAAGAAGAAUACAUUAUUUUGAUAGAUGGCUUAAACGAAGCUGAGUUUCAUAAGCCUGACUAUGGAGAUACGCUUUCCUCAUUUAUUACCAAAAUUAUUUCUAAGUUUCCUGCCUGGCUGAAGUUGAUUGUGACUGUAAGAGCAAAUUUUCAGGAAAUUGUAAGCACGCUGCCUUUCGUCAAGCUUUCCUUAGAUGACUUCCCUGACAACAAAGACAUUCACAGUGACCUGCAUGCCUACGUCCAGCACAGGGUUCACAGCAGCCAGGACAUCCUCAGCAACAUCUCCCUGAACGGCAAGGCCGACGCUGCCCUGAUCGGGAAAGUGAGCAGUCACCUGGUGCUGCGGAGCCUCGGCUCCUACCUGUACCUCAAACUCACCCUGGACCUCUUCCAAAGGGGACACUUGGUCAUCAAAAGUGCCAGCUACAAGGUGGUGCCUGUGUCUUUGUCCGAGCUCUAUCUGCUGCAGUGCAACAUGAAGUUCAUGACCCAGUCUGCCUUCGAAAGAGCACUGCCGAUUCUAAACGUGGCCCUGGCUUCCCUCCACCCCAUGACGGAUGAGCAGAUCUUCCAGGCUAUUAAUGCGGGCCACAUCCAAGGGGAGCAGGGAUGGGAGGACUUCCAGCAGAGGAUGGAGGCUCUCUCCUGCUUCCUCAUUAAGAGGCGAGACAAAACCCGCAUGUUUUGCCACCCGUCCUUCAGGGAGUGGCUUGUGUGGAGAGCAGACGGUGAAAACACAGCCUUCCUGUGUGAGCCCAGGAAUGGGCACGCUCUCCUGGCAUUCAUGUUCUCUCGACAAGAGGGCAAGCUGAACCGCCAGCAGACCAUGGAGCUUGGCCAUCACAUCCUGAAGGCGCACAUCUUCAAGGGCCUCAGUAAGAAGACGGGAAUCUCUUCGAGCCACCUCCAAGCCCUGUGGAUCGGGUACAGCACCGAGGGGCUGUCUGCUGCCCUCGCCUCUCUCAGGAACCUCUACACUCCCAACGUGAAGGUGAGCCGUCUCCUGAUUUUGGGAGGGGCCAACGUGAACUACAGGACGGAAGUGUUAAAUAAUGCCCCGAUCCUGUGCGUCCAGUCUCACCUCGGCCAUGAGGAAGUGGUCACUCUGCUCCUGGAAUUCGGCGCCUGCCUAGAGGGAAUGUCCGAGAAUGGCAUGACCGCCCUCUGCUAUGCUGCAGCAGCUGGCCAUAUGAAGCUAGUGUGUCUGCUGGCCAAGAAGGGGGCCAGGGUGGACCACUUGGAUAAGAAAGGCCAGUGUGCGCUGGUGCACAGCGCACUGAGGGGGCACGUCGACAUCCUCCGGUACCUGCUGACCUGUGAGUGGUCAGCAGGCCCUCCGCAGCCGGGUGCGCUGAGGAAGAGCCAGGCCCUGCAGCAGGCACUGACGGCGGCCGCCAGCAUGGGCCACAGCUCGGUGGUCCAGUGCUUGCUGGGGCUGGAGAAGGAACACGAAAUAGAUGUCAAUGGCACUGACGCGCUGUGGGGAGAAACAGCCCUGACGGCCGCUGCCGGAAGAGGCAAGCUGGAGGUGUGCGAGCUGCUGCUGGAGCACGGAGCCGCUGUGUCCCGGACCAACAGGAGAGGGGUCCCACCUCUGUUCUGUGCAGCACGCCAGGGGCAUUGGCAGAUCGUUAGAUUGCUUUUGGACCGUGGCUGUGAUGUGAGCCUAAGUGACAAGCAGGGCCGGACGCCCCUCAUGGUGGCCGCUUGUGAAGGACACUUGAGCACCGUGGAAUUCCUCCUUUCCAAAGGUGCUGCCCUUUCUUCUCUGGACAAAGAAGGUCUUUCGGCCUUAAGCUGGGCUUGUCUGAAAGGUCACAGAGCGGUGGUCCGGUUUCUGGUUGAGGAGGGAGCCGAGAUAGACCAGACAGACAAGAAUGGCCGCACACCCUUGGACCUGGCCGCCUUCUACGGUGACGCAGAGACCGUCCUGUAUCUGGUUGAGAAGGGAGCCGUGAUCGAGCACGUGGACCACAGCGGCAUGCGCCCCUUGGACAGAGCCAUUGGUUGUCGAAACACAUCUGUAGUGGUUACACUACUGAGAAAAGGAGCCAAAUUAGGAAAUGCCGCCUGGGCGAUGGCUACUUCCAAGCCUGACAUUCUGAUUAUACUUUUACAGAAAUUGAUGGAGGAAGGAAACAUGAUGUACAAAAAAGGGAAGAUGAAAGAGGCGGCCCAGAGGUACCAGUACGCCUUAAGGAAGUUUCCUCGAGAAGGAUUCGGAGAGGACAUGCGACCCUUCAAUGAACUCAGAGUGUCCCUCUAUCUCAACUUGUCUCGCUGCCGGAGAAAAACAAACGACUUCGGCAUGGCCGAAGAAUUUGCUUCCAAGGCCCUCGAGUUGAAGCCGCAGUCCUACGAAGCCUUCUACGCCAGGGCGAGGGCCAAGAGAAACAGCAGGUAG